ACUUCUGGCGAAACGGCUUUUGACACGAUAUACAUAUCGAUCUUGCGUUUAUCGUUGCCUGGCGUUGAUCUGCUUUGAUCGUCGGCGGAGUUGCGGAGAAGACCGGCUGCGGUUCUACAUAACUCAGCUGUCUGCCAGCUCAUUGCGCCUGUGUGACUAUCCACCUAAUUAGCGAUCUUCUCAUAUCUCCAUAGCGAUGCUCACCUUUCGGAAGUCGCUACUAGCGGCUGCGCUUCUGAUUACCUUCAUCGUCUACCUCCGAUCGUCGCAUCCCGCCUCUUCCCUCCCGUCCCCAGAGACGGCCUCCGCCGGACACCUAUACGAUCAGGAUUACGACGGCCAUGCAGACAAUGAUCGAAAAGGUGGAACGAGAGACACCGUACAACAGCUGCCGCUGACCCCGCCACCGAGCGCCCCCUUGCGCGAGCGCUUGCGCUACCAUUUUCCGUACGAUCUGGAAGCCAAGUUUCCUGCAUUCAUCUGGCAGACGUGGAAAUAUGCGCCCUCCUCGAUGUUCUUCAGUGAAAGCCUUCGUGAUCCCGAGUCCAGCUGGUCCGAGCUGCAUCCCGGAUUUGUCCACGAGGUCGUCCCCGAUGAUACCCAACGCCAUCUGAUCAAAUACCUGUACGGUGCUGUUCCGGAUGUGUUCGAGGCCUACGAUGCUAUGCCGUUGCCCGUCUUGAAAGCCGACUUUUUCCGAUACUUGAUCCUUCUCGCACGGGGUGGAAUCUACAGCGAUAUUGAUACGACGGCGUUGAAGCCGGCGUCUGACUGGCUGCCAGCAGAGUUGGAUCUGGCCACAGUUGGAGCGGUGGUGGGCAUUGAGGCGGAUCCUGACCGCCCCGAUUGGCAUGACUGGUAUGCGCGCAGAAUCCAGUUCUGCCAAUGGACCAUUCAAGCCAAGCCCGGACACCCCAUCAUGCGUGACAUUGUUUCCUACAUCACGGAGGAGACUUUGCGGAUGAAGAAGGCGGGUAUUCUAAAGACUGGCAAGAUGGAUAAGACUGUCAUGGAGUACACUGGGCCCGGCGCUUGGACGGAUGCCGUUUUCCGGUAUUUCAACGAUCCAGACUACUUCAACAUUGAACCCGGCUCGACGUUGAACAUCACGUACGAGGACUUUACGGGUCAAGAAGGGUAUAAGAAGGUGGGAGACGUGGUGGUUCUUCCCAUCACCAGCUUCAGCCCGGGAGUGCACCAAAUGGGUGCUGGGGAUGUUGAUGAUCCCAUGGCAUUCGUGAAACAUCACUUUGAAGGAACUUGGAAGGAUGACCCGUCUCUAUAAGCCGUCAUCA